AAAAAGGGGAGACAAAACGCUUCACACCAUGAGCUGGGUGGUAUCAACACAGACAGCCAUAUCCUUCUCCAUCUACCGUUACACUUCCAGAUUCUCUACCUUACGCCGUCUUCCAAAUCCUAAUCUUUCUCUCAAUGCUCUUCCAUGGCAUCCUCGCUCCCGCCCUCUCACUUUCCGCACGGCUGCGCUGCUCCAGGACGCCGGAGCCGCCGCGGUGGUCACGGCCGGAGCCUACGGCCUCGGUCUCACUUUCGAUAAUCUCACCCAGCGCAAGGUCAUUGAACAGAGUUUGAGCAGAAAACUGGUCCAUAUAUUGUCUGGGUUGCUUUUCAUGGUUUCUUGGUCAAUUUUCAGCACCUCAACAGAGGCUCGCUACUUUGCUUCUUUGGUUCCUGUUGUCAAUUGCUUAAGGUUAGUCAUAUAUGGCCUCUCUUUAGCUACCGAUGAAGGACUCAUAAAAUCUGUUACUCGAGAAGGAAAGCCAGAGGAAUUGCUUAGAGGCCCUUUAUAUUACGUCCUGAUUUUGCUUGUAUGCACUAUGGUCUUCUGGCGUGAGUCUCCUAUUGGGGUGAUCUCAUUGUCAAUGAUGUGUGGUGGGGAUGGCAUUGCUGACAUCAUUGGAAGAAGAUUUGGGUCCCUAAAGCUUCCUUAUAAUCAACAGAAGAGCUGGGCUGGUAGCAUUUCCAUGUUUGUAUUUGGCUUCUUGAUUUCAAUUGGGAUGCUUCACUACUUUUCAGCCCUGGGGUACUUCCAGUUAGAUUGGAUUUGGACAAUGGAAAAAGUUGCAUUAAUUUCCUUGGUGGCAACAGUGGUUGAGUCUCUCCCUGCCACAAAGGUAGUAGAUGACAACAUAUCCGUCCCUCUGGCAAGCAUGGUAAUGGCAUUUUUGAGUUUUGGCUUUUGACUCGUCAUGUUAGAAACAUUAAACUUCUUCCCUUCUAUUUUUAUUUAUUUAUUUAUUUAAUUUUUCUUCGUUGGUUGCGAGGCUUUUGAUUGCCCUAUAAAUCAAUGCCUCAUACCUUCAUUGUUGUACUAAAACUCUUGAAAUGAAUGAAUAGGACUCUCUUCAUUAGCACCUUUACUUCCA